CCUUCCGGGAGCUUGACGAGGUGUCGUUCCUGUCAUUGGCGCUCCCGGACGGUGCUGUUAACUGGACCCGCAACAAGGACACCCAACGUUCGUGUUCAGUCUGAGAUGCUGGGGGCUGGUCCAUGGGUGUGAGCCGACUGGAUGUCUUUUACAGAAGGCUGCUCCUCACCAAACUCUUCAUUGGGGGAUGGGGAAAGCCUGAAGACCUCAAGAGGAUCUUUGAGUUUCGUAAGAUCAUUGGAGACAGAGAGAGGUGCAAGUCUCUGGUGCCUCAGGACUACCCAGUCUACAUUAACAAGACAGAAGAUCUCACUGACUGUCAAAUCCACGAUGGCUUCUUCAUCUCUCCUCUGGAAUACUUAGUUCCUGGAAUCCUGCCACCAGAGGCUGUCAAAGCCAGGUUCCAGUUCAUAGUCCCUAAGAGGUGGCAGAAGAACAGACCAGUAUGUAUCCACUUAGCUGGGACUGGAGACCAUUUUUUCUGGCGCCGGCGGACCCUGAUGGCCAGGCCCAUGAUCAAAGAGGCAGGAAUGGCUUCGCUGCUUCUCGAGAACCCUUAUUAUGGCUACCGCAAACCCAAAGACCAACGGCGUUCCAGUCUAAAGAACGUUUCAGACCUGUUUGUGAUGGGAGGGGCUCUGAUUCUGGAGUCAACAGUUCUUCUCCGUUGGCUGGAGAGAGAUGGGUACUGGCCACUUGGAAUGACUGGCAUCUCCAUGGGAGGAUAUAUGGCGUCCCUGGCAGUGACUAACUGGCCAAAGCCCAUUCCUUUGAUUCCCUGUCUGUCCUGGUCGACUGCCUCCAGUGUGUUCACCACGGGUGUGCUGAGUAAAGCAGUGAACUGGACAGAACUGGAGAAGCAGUACGCCAUUAACUCAGUGUAUGAAGAGGAGAUCAUCAAGCUGCUGGAGUACUGUGGGGCUGACUCCUUUAAGAUGGUGCCUGAACUUCUGAAAAACGUGGAGUCUUUAGACCACCUGCUGGGCCUGUCUGGAGACCACAAGGUGUCACUGGGUCAGUAUUCCACAGCACAGAUGGAAACGGAGGUUGGUGGAGGCCCUGAAGGAUGCAGGGCUGGAAUGAUAGAACAACAACUAUCAUCAUCAGGGAACAACAGGGGAACGAGCUUGGACACUUUACCAAGCUGUAGUUCACAUCACUCACAGCAGAAGAAGACUGAUUCAGCCAACCUGUGGCGGCCAUCAUUACACAAAGAGUCCAUCAGCUUCAUGAAGGGAGUGAUGGAUGAAUGCACACACAUGGCCAACUUCUCCGGCGUUGGCUCUUUCUGGAGGCCUGGAGGCAGCCCUUGCUCUCAGUGGAGCGGCGUGAAGUUCAAUCAAACAGCUGCAGCUUCACUGGCUUUGCCUUUGCUCGCAGAGGAAGCUGCCCUCUUGGGAGGGGAAGUGGUGCUGCAGGAGCUGCAGGAAGGACUUUGGGCUUCACAUCCCCUCUAGAAAUGAUGCUGUGCAGAGCCUCUGUGUGCUUCUUCUUCAGCUCCCACUAUGCCUGAAUGGCGUUACGUGAAUGUCCAAACAGGGCCUCAGUGGAGAAUGGCACAUCCAGAUAGAUUGGCCUGUCUCUAUCCAGGACAUCAGAUCAUGUCAGCCACAAGUGUCUCUGUGCCACAACCGUUGAAGCCAUCCCUCAGCUCAGGGACAGCUCUGCACAGCAGAAUGUCAUCUGUAGUGACCCUGCUUUCAUUGAGGAGAGGCACCAAUGGACUGUCGGGGGCAGCAGAGACUCAAGCUCCAACAGACUGAUGGCCUGGUGUGUCUGCAGCAUGGUGACGGGGUCAGAGCAUCUGCCUGCCUCACUUCGGUAGAUUUUCUUUCUUCCAUAGGAUGAGAUGGCCACUCCUCCUCCAGCUUCUCUGCUGCACAGUGGUACAGAUACCCCUUUUCCAUCAAGAAGAACCAGGUGCUAGUUCUGUGCUGGUGCUAGUUCCAGUGCUUAGUUGGUUCCAAUCUCACAACCAGUUGCUUUUCCAUCAGCAAGGAGCCAAGUUAGAGCCACGCCAGUGACGUGCAGUGAGGAUCAUGGCUGGUGAGGCACUGACUUCAUCAGAAUCUGAUUUACAAAUAUAUGCACUCUACACGGUAGC